AACCAUACAACUACCAAAACACAAAUCCUCAGCCCUGCAAAAAUUGCAGAACAAAAAGAAGAAGAAAAUCCCCAAUUCGAACAUGGCUUCUGUAGUAUUGAGAAUCCUCCGUGCAGCGUGCUUCGUAUUCAUGGCCGUCCGCUCCGAUGGCUUCUCUCUGGCCACGGGUCCAGCGGCGGCGGCGGUGCCUGCGGCCCCGGUGGUCGUGGCUCGGAGGCCCGGGAAGCUGAACCUAACGGCCAUUCUGGAAAAGGUCGGGCAGUUCAAUACCUACUUAAGCUUGCUGAAAUCCACACAGGUGGGCAGUCAGCUGAUAAAUUCUCAACAACAGGGGCUCACCCUUCUCGCCCCCCCGGACGCCGCUUUUGCAGCUUUGAAACCCGGCACACUUAACGCUCUUACCGACCAGGACAAAGUUGCCCUUCUGCAAUACCACGCGUUGCCCAGCUAUUACACAUUGGGGCAAUUACAGACCGUGAGCAACCCCGUUAGGACCGCGGCCCCGGGCAACGGCCUCUUCGGGAUGAACUUCAGUUCCAUCGGCAACAACGUUAAUGUGUCCACAGGUAUUGUUAAAGCAGCGAUUUCCGGCCCCGUCUAUUCACAGAGCCCCGUUGCCGUGUAUACGGUCGACAAAGUGCUGCUUCCUCUGGGCAUUUUUGGCCCAAAGCCCCCAGCAGCUGCUCCUGCGCCCGAGGCCGGCGGUCCCAUGAUCCCGCCCACCGUUUCUCCGUCAUCUGACGGGUCUGCUUCUACGACUUCCGGCUGUGGAUCUCGGUUUGUUUUGUCCAAUGGCGUUACUCUGGCUCUGGCUGUUCUGUCUGUGGGUUUCGUGGCUUCCUUGUAAGGGUGGUGAGGUGGGAGUUUCUUUUUUUUGUUGCUUUCGAAUUGCUGUGCUGUUGUGGGGUGGCCUGCCUUCAUUCCUUGCCCUGAAUAAAGGCCAUUCUUUGUAAUUGCGGUGAUGUGUGUAUUAUUAUUAUUAUUGUAUUGUGUACGCGCCAUGUUCAGAUUUUGUAUUCUGUAUUUGAUAUUUUAAAUUUUUGUUAUCAGAUGGGGACUGCUGAUGGGUUUUGGAACUAUCUAUCAUUAGUGAUGUACUUAUCAGAGUUUCAGUAAAUUGAGUUUUUCUUUUUGCUA